GCCCUUCCCGGCCGGCCGGCGGCGCGCACCGCCCCCCGCUCCCGCACGCAGCCCGCCGGCGGCGAUCCGGAGCCCUCCGCGCCACCGCACCCCGCCCCGCACGCCCACCGCCGGGAGGAUGGGCUGCGGGCGGCGGCGCGGCAGCCCCUGAGCUCCCCGAAGCCGCGGAAACAAAGGGAGCGAGCAGCGGCAGCACCGGGCCGGGGUGGAUGCAAGCAACCAUGAAAGGCUGGGUCUCCGCCUCCUCCGCUGCUGCCAGAAAGCUGCCGGCUGCCGCUGCUCGGAGGACUACCCUGUGAAGGGGGCGGAGGAGAGGCUGGCUGGGUUCGCCGUGCAGAGGUAGAAGGUGUAAGGGAGAGGCGGAAAGAAAAUGUCUUCUUCGGUGGGGCCCCGCGGCCCUCGCCCGCCCACGGUGCCCCCUCCGAUGCAGGAGCUGCCCGACCUGAGCCACCUGACAGAGGAGGAGAGGAACAUCAUCAUGGCAGUGAUGGACCGGCAGAAAGAGGAGGAAGAAAAAGAAGAGGCCAUGCUCAAGAGGUUGCAUCAACAAUUUGAAAGCUAUAAAGAGCAAGUAAGAAAGAUAGGGGAAGAAGCCCGCCGUUACCAGGGAGAGCACAAGGAUGAUGCUCCAACAUGUGGAAUCUGUCAUAAAACAAAGUUUGCAGAUGGUUGUGGCCAUUUAUGCUCUUAUUGCCGGACCAAGUUCUGUGCUCGAUGUGGAGGUCGUGUCUCUCUGCGAUCAAACAAUGUUAUGUGGGUAUGCAAUUUAUGUCGAAAGCAACAAGAGAUCCUAACGAAGUCUGGAGCGUGGUUUUUUGGGAGCGGACCGCAGCCCUCGCCCAGUCAGGACGGAACGCUGAGUGACACGGCGACUGGCGCCAGCUCGGAUGCUCCGAGAGAGAAGAAGGCAAGGCUUCAGGAGCGAUCCAGGUCACAGACUCCCCUAAGCACAGCAGCUGCCUCGUCACAGGAAAUCUCUUCUUCCAGUGUGCAGCCCGACCGUAGGAAAGGAGCAGAGGUGUCGCAGCCGGCGAUGGGCCCGGACCAAAAGCAAGCUUCAAGGUCUAGAAGUGAACCCCCAAAAGAGAGGAAGAAGGCAGUAUUGGUUUCUGACCAGAAUGGCAAAGGUGUAAAGAGUGAGCGUAAGCGUGUGCCAAAAUCCUCACUUCAAAAAGAAGGAUCAACAGAUGACAGGGAGCGUAAAGAGCGGCAUGAAGGUAGAAGGCUGGAGAAAGGCAAGUCACAGGAUUACCCAGACUUGCCAGAGAAACUUGAGGAAGGCAAAGUGCCUGAUGAUGAAAAACAAAGGAAGGAAGAUGAAUAUCAUACCCGUUACAGGAGUGACCCCAAUCUGGCAAGAUAUCCUGUAAAACCACACCCUGAGGAGCAGCAGAUGCGCAUGCACGCGAAAGUUUCUAAAGCGCGACACGAGAGAAGACACAGUGAUGUAGCUUUGGCACACACAGAAAUGGAGGAAGCGGAGGUACCUGAGAAUAAAUUAGGAAAACGCUCUCAAUUACAGGGAACUCAGGACAGAAAAUCUCUUGUGGAAACUCAGAGGUCGUACUCUAUAGACAGAACAGGUGAUGUAAGAAUUUCUGUUUCUAAACAAUUAACUAAUCAUAGCCCACCAACUCCCAGGCAUAGUCCAGUUCCUAUAGAACACGUAGAAUACAAGAACCACGAUUCCUUUAUAAAACAGAGCCGCCUUGAUCCUAGCUCUGCUAUUCUCAUGCGAAAAGCAAAGCGGGAGAAAAUGGAGACCAUGCUAAGGAAUGAUUCCCUUAGCUCUGACCAGUCGGAAUCAGUGCGGCCAUCCCCUCCAAAGCCUCAUAGAGCAAAAAGAGGCGGAAAGAAAAGGCAGAUGUCAGUUAGUAGCUCAGAGGAAGAAGGGGCAUCAACACCAGAAUAUACUAGCUGUGAAGAUGUGGAGAUAGAAAGUGAAAGUGUCAGUGAAAAAGGUGACUUGGAUUAUUACUGGCUGGAUCCUGCCACGUGGCACAGCAGGGAGACGUCCCCUAUUAGUUCGCAUCCCGUAACGUGGCAGCCUUCCAAAGAGGGAGAUCGCUUAAUUGGGCGUGUUAUUCUUAACAAAAGAACAACCAUGCCUAAAGAAUCAGGUGCAUUACUGGGGCUAAAAGUUGUUGGAGGAAAAAUGACAGAAUUAGGAAGACUCGGUGCCUUCAUUACCAAAGUGAAGAAAGGUAGCUUGGCUGAUGUGGUGGGGCAUCUCAGAGCAGGGGAUGAAGUUCUAGAAUGGAACGGUAAACCCUUGCCUGGAGCUACAAAUGAAGAAGUUUACAACAUUAUUUUAGAAUCAAAAUCAGAACCUCAAGUUGAAAUCAUUGUUUCAAGGCCUAUUGGUGAUAUUCCACGGAUUCCCGAGACUUCCCACCCCCCAUUAGAGUCCAGUUCCAGUUCUUUUGAAUCUCAGAAGAUGGAAAGGCCUUCUAUUUCUGUUAUAUCUCCAACUAGCCCUGGAGCCCUACGGGAUGCACCUCAGGUCCUUCCAGGGCAGCUUUCUGUUAAACUCUGGUAUGACAAAGUGGGACAUCAGUUAAUAGUAAAUGUUCUACAGGCAACAGAUUUGCCAUCAAGAGUAGAUGGACGCCCCAGAAAUCCCUAUGUAAAAAUGUAUUUUCUUCCAGACAGAAGUGAUAAAAGUAAAAGAAGGACCAAAACAGUAAAGAAAAGUCUAGAGCCAAAAUGGAAUCAAACAUUUCUCUACUCACAUGUGCAUCGUAGAGAUUUUAGAGAACGAAUGCUUGAAAUUACUGUGUGGGAUCAGCCAAGAGUACAAGAGGAAGAGAGCGAAUUUCUUGGAGAGAUUCUUAUAGAGCUGGAGACAGCCCUUUUAGAUGAUGAACCACAUUGGUAUAAGCUACAGACACAUGAUGAAUCUUCACUACCUCUGCCUCAGCCAUCACCAUUCAUGCCAAGAAGACAUGUUCAUGGUGGAGAAAGCACUAGCAAAAAAUUACAAAGAUCUCGGCCAAUCAGUGAUAGUGACAUCUCAGAUUUUGAUGUUGAUGAUGGUAUUGGAGUUGUUCCUCCAGUCGGUUAUAGGUCUAGCACUAGAGAAGGUAAAUCCACAACGCUAACUGUGCCAGAACAGCAAAGAACAACAACACAUCAUCGUUCUCGUUCCGUGUCUCCUCACCGUGGUGACGAUCAGGGCAGGCCCCGUUCACGUUUACCAAAUGUGCCAUUACAAAGGAGUUUAGAUGAAAUUCAUCAAAUGAGAAGAUCACGUUCUCCAACUAGACACCAUGAUGCCUCCAGAACUCCAGUUGAUUACAGAUCCAGAGAGAUGGAUAGUCAGUAUUUGUCUGAUCAAGAAAGUGAGCUUCUUAUGCUGCCCAGAGCAAAGCGAGGAAGAAGUGCAGAGUGCCUACAUACCAUCAGCUCAACUCUUCCUGCAUGUGCUAAGACCAAACCCGUGAUUAGACAGGAUAUUUCACUCCUUCAUGAUUGCCUUAACUUACGAAUAACGAAAUUUGGACAUGAUCUACUGGUUAGUGAACUGCAGCCCUCCCUUGACAGGGCUAGGAGUGCUAGUACCAACUGCUUGAGACCAGAUACUAGUUUGCAUUCACCAGAACGAGAAAGGGGUAGAUGGUCCCCCUCCCUAGAGAGGAGACGACCUACUAGUCCCAGGAUUCAUAUCCAGCAUGCAUCUCCGGAGGAUGACAGAACAAGGACGCUGGAGUCUUGCAUUCCAAAACAGGACAGUGUAGACCACCUAAGUGCUAAACCUGGAGCAGCACAGAGGCAGUCCAGAAAAGUGGAAAGAUAUAGCAGCCAAAAACAAACUAGGAAAGGCCCUGCAGCUGAAACAGAAAGAACGCAUCAGCAAGGAAGUCCCACGCAGUCUCCUCCUGCAGACACCUCCUUCAGCAGUCGUAGGGGAAGACAGCUACCACAAGUUCCAGUAAGAAGUGGCAGUAUAGAGCAAGCAAGCUUAGUAGUGGAGGAGCGAACGAGACAGAUGAAAAUGAAAAUGCACCGUUAUAAUCAGACAUCAGGGUCUGGUUCUAGCCAAGAACAUGAGCGUGAGCAAUACACCAAGUAUAACAUACAAACAGAUCAGUACAGAAGUUGUGAUAACGUCUCUGCCAAAUCAUCAGAUAGCGAUGUCAGUGAUGUGUCAGCCAUUUCCCGAACCAGCAGUGCCUCUCGCCUCAGCAGCACAAGUUUUAUGUCAGAGCAAUCUGAGCGCCCUCGGGGCAGGAUCAGUACAUUUACUCCUAAAAUGCAAGGCAGACGGAUGGGGACUUCAGGGAGAAUCACGAAGAGCACAAGCGUGAGCGGAGAGAUGUACAAGCUGGAGCACAUUGACGGGAGUCAGUCGGACACGGCUGUCGGCAUGGUUGGAACAGGUGGGAAGAAAAGGCGUUCCAGCUUUAGUGCCAAAGUGGUUGCCAUAGUGUCUCGAAGGAGCAGAAGCACAUCUCAACUUAGUCAAACAGAGGCUGGCAGCAAGAAGCUAAAGAGCACGAUACAGAGAAGCACAGAAACAGGAAUGGCAGCAGAGAUGAGAAGUCGUAUGGUUCGACAGCCAAGUCGAGAAUCCACUGACGGCAGCAUAAAUAGUUACAGCUCCGAGGGCAACUUAAUCUUUCCUGGAGUACGGCUGGGCGCUGACAGUCAGUUCAGUGAUUUCCUCGAUGGACUGGGACCUGCACAGUUAGUAGGCCGACAAACACUAGCAACCCCUGCCAUGGGCGACAUCCAGAUUGGAAUGGUGGAUAAAAAAGGCCAGUUAGAAGUAGAAGUCAUUAGAGCCCGUGGCCUCACACAAAAACCUGGCUCCAAAUCUACCCCAGCUCCGUAUGUCAAAGUGUAUCUACUGGAAAAUGGAGCAUGUAUAGCUAAGAAGAAGACAAGAAUUGCAAGGAAGACACUCGAUCCUCUGUACCAACAGACACUGGUUUUUGAGGAAAGUCCACAGGGUAAAGUCCUUCAGGUAAUAGUUUGGGGAGACUAUGGCCGAAUGGACCACAAAUGCUUCAUGGGAGUUGCCCAGAUCCUUCUGGAGGAACUGGAUCUAUCCAGUGUGGUAAUAGGCUGGUAUAAAUUAUUUCCACCUUCAUCGCUAGUGGAUCCAACAUUGACUCCCCUGACACGCAGGGCUUCCCAGUCAUCUCUGGAAAGUUCAACUGGGCCUCCCUGCAUUAGAUCAUAGUAGCAGGUGCUGUCUGUUCAAAACCUCACCCAGGAUAACAAUUGGAACCAGAUAUUCACAUGAGCAAGAAACACUGUUGGAGAGAGACAAUCACUUCUGGUUUUGCUUGUAGUAGUUAUCAAACAUACGUCUGUCUGUUGAGAGAUGGCUUAAAUUGACAGAACAAAGGUAUAUCACAUACAGCUAAUCUAUUAGCAGCUAUCACUGAUGCUUAUAAUGAUUAAAAACAAACAAAAAAAACCCAACAAAAACAAAAACAAAAACAAAAACAAACAAAAAAAAAAGAAAAAAAAAAAAAGAAAGAAAGAAAGAAAGGAAAAAGAAUAAAGAGAGGGACCUUUAGAUUCGACCUAAGUCAAAGAUGACCCAAACUGGAAGCUCUCACUCUGUUAACAAUGUUGUAUUUUUCACAUUUUGAGAGAGCCCUCAAGCAGUGUUACCUUCCUGGUGUUUCAGCAGUUUUUCUGUACUUGUCACUUCCACUAGUUUUUUGCCAUGUGAUUCUGCUAGUUUUGUAGAAGUCCUCACAAUGCUAACAGAGACCCUUCCUUUCUUUUUCUAAACCAAACAAAAAAGGGCUGAAGCAUAUCUCUGUAAGCAUCGUUAAAGUGUUCAACAGCCACAGUUACAAUUCCAGCGAGUCCAAAUCGUUUCUCAGUUCUGGUACUUACAAGUCUUUCACGUGGGAACCCAGAACAAAUGACAAAUCUAAGUUAUAUUCUUAAAAUAGAAAUCAUCACAGUGCCACUUUUUCUUUGUAAAAAGCAGACAUGUUUGCAUUAUAUAUAUAUAUAUAUAAAAUAACUUUUCUGUUUAUGAUGUUUUGCAUGGAAGAAUUUUGAAGAUUUCUGCAACUACUGCUGGGGACUGGUAAAAGCAGCUUUAGUCUUAAUUUUGACAUUGAAUAUGUUACUGGUAAUGCAAUUUUCCUCCUAGAAAUGGAGAGGAAAUACUUACGUUUCUGUGUAUAAAUGUAUAUUUGACUUCCCAAAAUGUUGACCAGGAAUGAAUUGAGCAUAUGACACUUUCAGCUGUACCCAGGCUUCUCUGAUGUGUGUCGCUUCAGACGCACCUGUCUGCCCUGGAUAGAGCAUGGUAUGAGUUGUUCAAUGUUUCACUGGAAAUUCCAGUUGAAAUAUUCUGCACUUACUAAUGUUUUUAUCAAAUUUUAGUUUACAUUUCUUUGAGAUUGAUGCAAGCACAAGGCUUGAUUUUUUAACGCAAGAUAUCUUACUUUUUGGAGAAAAAAAAAUCAAAUUUCAAUUUGCUUUUUAUUCAUUUGAGUUCUUCUUGGCCUUGAAAUCCCUUGUGAUAUUCUGUAAAUGUGCGAAGAACUGCAGAUUCCUGCAGGUGCAUUGAUAUGUUUCCCCUCCUUUUACAGGCCAUUCAAUUUUGUGAUCACACAAAUAGAGCAGCAUGACUUGGAACUGUUCAAAGCUGCAUGCACGUUUUGUAAAAAGAGAUGAAAAAGGUUAUUUAAUAAUGUAUGUUAGUUCCACAUAGGCCAGCUUGUAUGUUGCAUGUACUUGUACAGUUUGCUCGUAAUUACUAUACUGAAGUAACCAAGAAAUCUAAGCCAUCCAUUUUUCUUAUAGACAUUUUGCAGGUUUUAGCCAGGCUAGGUCUGUGGGUCUGGUGCUAAAUGUCUAUAGAUGGACUUUAUUUUUUACCCUAUGGAAAACGUGAUGUAGUACGGACCAAAUUCCUUCUAAUAACUAUUUUGGUGUAGAUUCCUACUGUGGGGCUGUAACACAUGUAGAAACUGUGUACACACUAGGUUUUAAUUCAUAGACAUACUGCCUGCACCAAGUGAACUAUUUAUUAUUACUCAACACAUGGGAAUUAUUCUGCCCAUCUUUCCAUAGGGCACAGAUUGGUUACUGCUCGACCUGCUGAGCAGGAAGAACUCAAGCAUUGGUGCACUACUACUAGAUCCUGUUCUGUCUUAGUGGCCAAAAACUAACUAGCUAUAAUUCGAUAGUAUCUUUCUAUUUUGACCACUUGUCUUAACACUCCCCUGUGCUUUUAAAUGAACUUCCAACUCAUGUUAUGUAAACAUGUUUAAUAAAAUUUCCUUUUCAUGUCCAGUGUAGUAGUUGUGCUCUCUGUAUGUCCUGAGGUUCAUCUGUGAUUUCUGCUUGCUGCAGGACUGUGUGAUAUGUGUUAAGGAACAGUGAAAUAAGUAAUUUCUAUGGUUCUUUUGAUUGCUGUAAUAGUGUAUGUUGAAAUCUGGGGCCAAAAACUGAGGCCUGGUGAAAGUCAUGUUUGGUUGGCUUCCUUUUCCCUUGAGAAGCCAAAUUUUGCUCUCAUUUGUUGAAGCAGGCAAAUUGAAGUUCCAAAAGAAAAAAAAAAUUACCCAAAUUAUUAUCUGUUGAAAUCAAAUCAGUUUGUUGGAGAGGAAUGAUGCUGUGGCUGCUUGUAGGGCAGCAGGGUGAUACAAGUCAGGCACUAGGACUCCACUUGAUGUGUGCUGAGCCUUUAAGAUAUGAGAACAACUACUGACCUCUGGCACUUUUUAAACCCAUGAACAUGCCCUUGUAUUGUGACGUUGUUACAAACAAUGCUUUAUAGAAAUUUACCUGAGAGCAGAAUUUGGCACUAAAAUUUUGCUAGAGAAGCAAAGAUUAUGUACUUUUUUUUUUUUUAGUUUUCCAUGUCCCACAGAUACCUGAUCACAAUUUAAAAAUAACAUAAAGACAGUAUUGCCUCACUUUGAA